GUCUGUUGUGUGAGCCGAAGCUCCCUCUCGGUCACAGCGGGCAGAGGCUGUUCCCUGCAGCGCAGAGAAGGAGAGCGCGCACAGGCUUGUCACUGAGGAGGAACAAGGAGCUCUUUACUCAUUUUUCAAAAUCUUCAUUGAGUGUGGACGAGCAAGUUGUGGUGAAAACUCUCCCUGCGUGGCUCAUGCUCCCAUGUCGCGGUGUGUGUCUGGCAACGGGUGGGAUGAAUUUGGACAGAGUCGCAGAGGCCGUGAGAGCACCGCAGCCCCGAGACGUGGGCCCCGCGUUUCAUUUACCGAGAACUUCCAACAGCAGCCGAGAAACUUUAGAGAACUCAAGCAGCGAGUCUUCAGACACAGAGCUGGCAGAGAAGGAGAGGAGCGCUGAACAAAGGAGCGAUGACGGGAAUGCGGACGAUCCCAAGAAGAAGAAGCAGAGGCGGCAGCGGACUCACUUUACCAGCCAGCAGCUGCAGGAGCUUGAAGCAACUUUCCAGAGGAACCGCUACCCGGACAUGAGCACCAGGGAGGAAAUAGCCGUGUGGACGAACCUGACCGAGGCCAGAGUCCGGGUCUGGUUCAAAAACCGGCGGGCCAAAUGGAGGAAGCGCGAGCGGAACCAGCAGAUGGACCUGUGCAAGAACAGCUACCUGCCGCAGUUCAGCGGCCUCAUGCAGCCCUACGACGACAUGUAUCCGGCCUACACCUACAACAACUGGACCAACAAAGGCCUCACCCCCGCGCCCCUCUCCACCAAGAACUUCACCUUCUUCAACUCCAUGAGCCCCCUCACCUCGCAGUCCAUGUUCUCCGCUCCGAACUCCAUCUCCUCCAUGACUAUGGCGUCCGGGAUGGGACACUCAGCCGUGCCUGGUAUGCCCACCCCGGGCCUCAACAACAUCAGCAACCUGAACGGGAUCGGCACUUCCGGGAUCAACUCUGCUAUGUCGUCCUCCGCGUGUCCGUACGGGCCUCCCGGCUCCCCGUACAGCGUUUACCGGGACACAUGCAACUCGAGCCUGGCCACGCUCAGACUCAAAUCCAAACAGCACCCGACCUUUGGAUACAGCGGCCUGCAGAGUCCGGGAUCGAGCCUGAACGCGUGUCAGUACAACAGCUGACGGGCCGGCUGUAAUUCAACAGAUCUGAAUAAAUCUAUGUGAGACACGGACACGUGACAGAGCUCAAGGCGACCUGCGGAUUGGGGAAAGAUUCAGAGACAACGAACUGGAUCAGUUGCAAACAUCUUAAAUGGAUUAUGCGGGUUUUAUGUGUUUACCAGUGAACUUGCACAGCAAUUCAAAUGUCCAGAUUUUUGGAUUUUCUAAUGAUGAAGACGUGUUACAUUGCUGCAUUGUAAAUAUAUAAUGUAAAUAUAUACAGGCUUAAUGGGAUGUUUUUUUGCUCUUUAUGUGCUUGCUUACUUUUGAAGACCAGCCCGGAAGGAGGGGGCGGGGCAUCCCUCGACCAAAUCAAUGAUUAAAAAAUAUAAUUGUCGAGCAUAUCACGAAUCCAGACUCAUAGGAGGAAAAAAUAUUUAGUCCAUUCUGUAAAUGUGUUAUAUUGCUUCUGUGUGCUUUCUAUUUACCGUCUAUGCGGGGUGCCAGCGGCCCCUCUGCCCCCUCUGCCCCCUCCCACUCAGAGACUUUUAUUUUGAAAUGUUUCUUGUUUGAAUUAGAACAGCCCGCAUGUUUAACUUGAGUGCAUCGUGUUUUGUACGAUAAUGUAAGACUUUGUCAGACUAAACUGUAUACAGAAAGGUGAUUCAAAGUCCUCAUGUGUUUAUGGUAACAUGUUUGUUUGAAUAAACUCCAGGAAAAGAGA